GUUACUUCAGUUUACUAAACAAAACACUUCAAUAAAUUUACUAAAAUUAAUUAAAACAAACAACAAAUUUAAUUGUUUAAUAAAAGUUCUAUAAUGUCUGUGAUAUUUACAAGCACUAGAUUAUGUUUCUAAUCUGAAAUAUUUAUACAAACAGUAAAAUAGAAAGUGAUAAAUAUGCACAAUUUAUUUCCAAAAAGAAGGAGGACAAUUUUUAAUUAAAUAGAGAGGAUAAUUUAUUAUUUUUAUUAAAGUAAUAGAAAAGGAGUCCUAAAAAUAAUAAGUUAAUAUGGAUAAUUUUAAUAAUAAUAGAAUGCACGAAAAUGGAAAUGAAAGCACUUUGGGAUUGACUUCGAAAAUGAUUUCCUUAGAACAAAUUCAAAUGAAUCUUCCUGCUCAGAAUAAUAACCCGAAUGAAGAGAAAGACGAGAAGGUAGACUUUGUCCUGGCAUACAUUGAUAACAAUAAUCAUAAUCAUGCUCGCAAAAGAGAAGAAUUUGAAAAUAGUUUAAUGGAACAGGGUUUAGAAUUAGAAUACGAACAGAAUCGACACCUUGGAUUUGUCAAAAUAAAUGCAUCAAAGGAAGUACUGUGUAGAUACUGUGAAAUCAUGAAAUUAAGAAUGCCAAUUAAACAUUCAAUGACUGAUGAAUUAUCAGAAACGGAUACAAAUGAUUUUUUCGAUGAUGCCAAAUCUUGGUUCUACAAGGUUUUUAGUUUCGCUCAACUUGAUCCAAAGAAGUUUCCACCAAGAGAAUAUCAACUUUCAGCCGAAUUUUCAAGAGACAAGGAUUAUUUAUUUAAUAUAGACGAUGAAAAUUUCUUUCCAACGCACAUUAGAAUAAUGAUUGUGGCUUUUAUUUUGGAACGUCAAAUGGAAGGAAUACAAAGACUUUUGUCGGAGAAUGUCUAUUCAGCUGCUUAUCCUCUGCACGAUGGUAAUUACAAACAGAAGGGAACAGUCAGAGCAUUAUUAUACAAGGAAUGGUCGGCAAUUAGAAAAUGGAUCAACGUACAGCCUUUGGAUACAAUUCAAGAAUAUUUUGGAACAAAUUUUGCCAUGUAUUUUGCAUGGCUUGGUUUUUAUACGUACAUGCUGAUACCAGCAAGUAUAGCUGGCCUUCUCUGCUUUUUUUACGGUGUAAUUACUUUAAAUUUCAAUCAAUUAACCAAAGAAGCGUGCGCUCCAUGGGCGGAAAAUGUAAUAAUGUGCCCUCAAUGUGAUAAAACCUGUGAUUAUUGGCGUUUAAGUGAAACUUGUCUUUUAUCAAAAAUCACAUCCCUAUUUGAUAAUUCAGCAACUUUGGCAUUCGCAGUCUUUAUGUGUUUCUGGUCAGUUUUGUAUCUUGAACUUUGGAAACGACGUUCCGCGGAAUUGAGUUAUCGAUGGGGUUUAGUUGAUUGGGAUCGAACAGCUGAACAUCCGCGACCACAAUAUCUUAAAGCUCUAUCGAAAACAACAUUUUUUCAAGUUAAGGAAAAAGUAAAUAUCAUAACGGGAGAAGUGGAGCCUCACGUGAGUUUUUGGAAAGUACGAGUACCUGCAACGUUUAUUAGUUUUUCUAUUGUUGUUUUGUUAACAACUGUUGCUAUUGCUGCAGUUUUUGCUGUUGUUUUGUAUCGUAUGUCUAUGAUAACGUCUACCUCUCUAUUUGGAAGGGAAUUCGAUUCGACAAGUUAUAAAUUGUUCGCAUUACCAGCGAUCGCAGCUGCUAUUAAUUUGGUUUGUAUUUUGAUAUUGAACUAUUUCUACGACUGGCUGGCGGUUUAUUUGACAGAAAUGGAAUUGCUGCGAACUCAGGCUGAAUUCGACGAUAGUCUUACACUAAAAGUUUAUUUAUUUCAAUUCGUUAACUACUACGCUUCAAUUUUUUACAUAGUUUUCCUCAAGGGAAAAUUUGUCGGUUAUCCGAAAAAGUACAAUCGCAUUCUUGGAUUCAGACAGGAGGAAUGUUCACCUGGAGGAUGUUUAUUGGAACUCUGUAUUCAACUUACAAUUAUAAUGGUCGGAAAGCAGGCGUUAAGCAGUGCAAUGGAAAUGAUUUUUCCAGUUCUAUAUAAAUGGUGGGCAUUAUUUCGAAUUCACACUGGAUUAAUGCAAAAGGAUCCAAUUACUCCACGUCGACAGUGGAUUCGUGACUUAAAACUUCUCGAUUGGAGUCCUCGAGGAUUGUACGAUGAAUAUUUGGAGAUAGUCAUACAAUUUGGAUUUGUAACAUUAUUUGUCGUGGCAUUUCCUCUGGCGCCAUUUUUUGCAUUAGCAAAUAACGUUCUUGAAAUGCGUCUCGAUGCGACGAAAUUUCUUCGACAUUAUCGCCGACCAGUUCCUCGACGUGUCACUGACAUUGGAAUUUGGGCACGAAUUCUUCAUGGACUUGCAAGAAUUUCCGUUAUUACGAAUGCAUUUAUCAUUGCUUUUUCAUCGAACUGGAUUCCACGUCUUGUUUACAUGGCAGUUGUGAGUACAAAUAAAACUGACAUUGGAUUUUUAAAUCACAGCCUCGCCUAUUUUGAUACUGUCGACUUUAAAGAAGGAACUGCUCCAACGACAUCGAUUUUUUCAAAUGUCUCUUCCUGUCGUUAUCCGGAGUACAGAAAUCCUCCGGAUCAUCCUGAUUUACCUUAUAAACGACCAACUAUUUAUUGGCACAUUUUAGCUGUCAGAUUGGCUUUUAUUGUCGUCUUCCAGAAUGUCGUGGGAUUAUUGACUAUGACUGUUCAAUGGUGUCUUUCGGAAAAGCCGAGAAAAUUACGAGAGAGUAUAAAGCGAGAAGCAUUUUUGACUGAAGAGUUAAUAAUAAAGAGAGAAGCGGAAAGAUCACGAGAAAGAUUUAAAUAUUCUUCGAGUAUUAACAGUAAUUCCGGGGAUCAUCAUCGGAAGAGAAAAUUAUCAAAUACACCGACUAGCAGUCGAGUAUAAGAUUUUAAAUAUUUCCUACAUUUUUUAUAAUAUUUACAAAAAAAAAAUAUACAUGUGCCUUCUUUUUUUUCGUUAGAAGAAAAAGAUCUGACUAAUUUUAAUACAACUUACUCUUACAAAGAAAAGGAUUUAUACACAAAACCACUGUGUUCUUGGGAAAAUUUCGCUUUAUAUUGCGAAUAAUUAACAAAUUGGCUAUAAUAAGAAAACUGGAAAAAAGACAAUAGAGAAAAAUAGUUUUUUGCUUGAUGGUUGAAUAAUUUUUCUCUUCUAUAAACGAUAUUUUAAUUACAUAAAUUUUAAUGUGUGAUAUUUUUCUUAAAAAAAGGAAGAAGUUAAAAUAAAAUAUUAAAAUUAAUUACAAUGUUAUUAUAAUACUGAAAAGUACCAUCGAAAAAUUAUCGCUUUAUUUGAGAUUAAUCAAAAAUUAUUGAAAAAGCUUUUAACGACAAAAAUUACGUGCAAUAAUAAUUUUAUAUAUUUAUUAAUUUUUACAUACGAUCAUAAAUUUUAUUUUUUUUUGAAAUGUGAUUUUAAAAAUUUUUUUUAUUUAAUUUUAUUUAUUUACAAACUUAAAAAUUAAAAUCGUGUGGAUUUAAUGUUACGUCUUCUAAAUGAGUGCGUAUUUUAUGAAUAAUUUUUGUAUGUUUGUCAUAGAAACAAAUUAUUUUCUAUAUAAAUGUCUGGUAAUGAAUGUGAAAAAAUUUUAUCACCUAUUGUUAAGAUUUCGAAAUAAA